AUGCGCGAAGACGAGAAUUUGUCGCUUGUCUCCGCUACUGACAACGAUAGCGCUUACCAAGAGAUUGGAACUUUAGCAACGCCUCCCUCAACUCUCGUAACUACCGGAUCCGGAUCUAUGUUUGAUUAUGGUAAUAUUUUCCAGAUCCAGCAUGCCUUUUUAACACUAUACGCCUUUUUCUUUCAGCUCUUCACUUCACUUUUUGCAAAUUGA